AUGAAAAGGCAACAAAACUCUUACACAGUUGAAGAAAAAAGUAAAGUUAUAGAAUUGGCACGUCAUACUUUAAAUAAAUUUGCUACUCACUGCUAUUCUCUUGAUUUAACAAUAGUUGAAGAAGCCCAACUCUAUAAAUGGAUAAUAGAGCUUCGUAAAGAUGGUUUCACAGUUAAUCAUUCUAGUAUUAAAAUAAAAAUGGUUGAAAUUAUGAGAUCAAGUGCAAGACUAGCUCAAGAUGAGGCAGAGAAGUUAGCAAUUGCUAAUUUUAAGUUUUCACAGCAUUGGCUUGGUCAUUUUUUAAAACAUUAUGACCUUUCUUUUUGCCGCAAGACUAAUAUUGCGCAAAAGUUGCCUGAUGACCUCAAGAAUAAGCUAUUAAAGUUUCAACAGUUUGUUAUUUGCCUUUGCCAGAAAAAUAAUUAUCCUCUUGAUGAUAUCUCUCAUAAUAUUAUUAUUCAGGCAUUUAAAAAAUGCGGUAUUUCUAAUUGCUUAUCGGGAAGUAAGGAUUAUUUAAUUUACGAAGAUGAUAGUAAGGAUUUAGAUGAUGCUAAUGCAGUCGAAGAUUCGAGUGAAGAUACAGAUGAAGAUAUAGGCAAAGGUUCAGAUGAAAAUACUAACAAGAAAAAUAAUUUUAAUAAUUGGCCAGAAUGCUUUGUUGUUAUUUAA